CGUAGAUGUAUUAAUAUUAACAUUUCAUUUGCAUACUGUAUUUAUGAGCAUUCAUCAUUCAGUAGCAUACAUGUAAUACAAGUUAAUUUAAAGGAAGUGUUAGAAAGUUUCGCGGAAAUGAGUCGGACUUCCCCUCAAAGUGAAGUCUGGCAAACUCUUACCAACGUCUGCCUUUCAGCCAAUCAGAGCGGCCGAACGCCAAGUUGCGUAAUUAAUAUUCAUGAGUCAAGCCUUCACUGUAGUGGGAUUUGUAAAUGCGUUUGGCGGACAGUGGGGUGUUGUACUGCCGUUUUUUACCAGCAGUGGACAGCAGCAAGCAGCAACAGUCUCUCCAGAGGUGGAUGUGGAUGUGUGGGAUUGAAUCAGGGCGAGCUGGGCUGCCUCUGUCAUAGAGAGAACAGCACAGAACUAAUACAAUAGCGAAACAUGGCUACUGAGACGAUAUCAGCCUGCACCGGAUCCAACUUACUCCAGCCAAUAAGCGAGAUAACCAACCUUCCGUUAGAUCAGGUGAACUUUGUAGUAUGUCAGCUCUGUGCCCUGCUCACGGCUGUGUGGUUCAGGCUCUAUCUGCACCCCAGCAAGACCAGUCCUUUUGUGCGGCAUGUGGUGGCCACACUGCUGGGCAUCUACUUUGCACUCUUCUGCUUUGGCUGGUAUGCUCUUCAUUUCCUGCUCCAGAGUGGCAUUACUUAUGGAAUAAUGAUUCUGACUGGAGUCGAGCACAUGCACAAAUACUGUUUGGUGGUCGCCCUGGGUUAUCUAAGCUUCUGCCAAAUCACUCGGGUUUACGUCUUUGAUUACGGAAUGUACUCUGCAGAUUUCACAGGGCCGAUGAUGGUCAUUACACAGAAGAUUACCAGUGUGGCUUUUGAGAUCCAUGAUGGAAUGGCUAGGAAAGAAGAUCAACUAAAUCAAAGUCAAAAACUGUUGGCCAUAAGACGAAUGCCCAGUUUAUUGGAGUACUUCAGUUACAACUGUAAUUUCAUGGGGAUUUUGGCUGGUCCAACCUGCUCUUAUAACGAUUACAUAGCCUUCAUUGAGGGCACCCCCUAUCGCCACAGAGUCCUUGAGACCAAAGGAAAAGUCAAUGGGAAGAGCAGACUGAACGACCCUUCACCAAAUACAGAGGUAAUCCGGAAACUGGCCACCUGCUUCAUCUCUCUGCUGGUCUUCCUCUCCGUCUGCAAAGUCUGUCCUGUGGAGCGUAACGUUGAUGAUGAUUUUAUUGCCACCACGCCCUUCUAUGCUCAGGUGGUCUACCUGUAUUUGUCCAUGCUGACCACCCGGCCUAAAUACUACUUUGUUUGGACUCUGGCUGAUGCCAUCAAUAACGCAGCAGGAUUUGGAUUUAAUGGCUACGACAGUAAUGGUUUGCCUCGAUGGGAUCUCAUUUCCAACCUCAGGAUCAUGAAUAUAGAGCUUGCCACCAGCUUUAAAGUAUUCCUGGAUAACUGGAACAUUCAAACAGCACAUUGGCUUAAGAGGGUGUGUUAUGAACGUUGUCCCUACAACCCCACUGCUGCAACCUUCCUGCUGUCAGCCAUGUGGCAUGGGGCUUACCCAGGCUACUACCUCACCUUCCUCACUGGCAUCGUCAUCACUCUUGCAGCCAGAGCUGUGAGACACAAUGUAAGACCGUACUUCUUGGGUUCUCCAGCUCUCAAGUUUGUGUAUGAUGUCAUCACGUGGGCGGCUACACAGAUUGCCAUUUGUUACACAGUGGUUCCCUUUGUUCUGCUUUCUGUGGGUCCCUCGCUCAAGUUCUACAGGUCAUGGUACUUCUGCAUCCACAUAGGCUGUAUACUGCUGGCCAUCGCGUUGCCUGUGAAACCACGCCACCUGCGGCUGAAAGAGCAACAGCCUGCUGUACAACCAAGUCUGGAGAGCACAGACAGCAACAGCAACCAGAAACAAAAAGCCACAUGAGUCCUGGAACAGCUUACCAAUCUUCUAUACACUCACAGACUGGGCAAAUGUACCUAUUCUCCAGCCACACAUGAAGAGAGUCAGAUAAACUAAAGCUCACUAAUAAACCAACCAACCAGCCUCUGUCUGGACUGAUAGAGUAAGUCAUCCCUUGGCUCAGUAUAGUGGUACUGGGAUUGGACAGUGAUUUGAGGUGAUGGAAUCAAAUCUGACUGGUAUAAGAGGAGUUUUAUUGCCAAGAAAACACUGUUGUAUAGAAUUAUCUGACCUUGCCUUUGUAAUUCAACUCGUCACAGCAAGUAUUAGUGUCCUAACCUGGUGGUCUUGUAUUGGGCUGUAAAUAGGAUUUUCUUGCAAGGGACAAGGCCAAUAUCACUUGCAGAAAGCUGGCAAUAUUAUAUGUGAAAGCGAAAAUGUUUAAUGUGUUAGGGGUAAAAAUAAAUAUGACUAACUAAACUAACAGGAAAAAUAAUAACGUUAUUGGAAAAAAGGAAAGAAGAUCAAAGGAUGGAGGAAUUCUUUGCAAAAUAAACUUUAAAUAAUGUCCAAAAAAUUUAAGACAAGUUGUUUUUUGAAGUCACAAAGACUGAAUUAAGAUUUGAUUCCAUGGCUGUGCCAUUAAAAACUGGGCUCUUGGCCCUUUGUCAUGUUAUGUUUGUUAUGGUCUGUUGUAGCGUGUCGUCCAUGUAGUCUUCAUAUAAAAUGCUGAAAGUUACACAUAAUACAUUCCAAUCUAAAGACCAGAGAUUCUUUUCUCAUAAACAAAAGUAUUUCUUAGACUAAUCCAAUUUUGGAAAGUAGUGGAAUGUUUGAGUAACGUCCAGCAAAAAAAUGGAUAGUACUGUUAACUGCAUGACUUUUCGAGUCAGGCAGGUGGUGAUUCUGUAUGCACAGUAAUGCACAUUUUGUAUGGCCUCAGUCAGCUUCAAGGGUUGGCCUGCUUAGGGUUGAAAAUGAAGCUGAUGUUUGUGUUAAAGACGUAUGAAAUUGUAGAGGAUGUAUACUGGAUUUGUUUGAAACAUUACGUUCUCUGUGUGGAUCUGGAACAUUUGUUUUUUGCAAAUUAUGUGAUUAAAAAAAGGUCUUUUUACUACUA